AUGAGCGAAGCAGAGAAAAACUCACCUACGUUUAUUGAACCGAAGGCCUCCGUAUCAACUGCUGCUAGCACUGGAGCAGCACCAGCAGCACCAGCAGCAGCAGCAACACCAGCAACAAAUGUUGCAGCAAAAACUCUCUCAUCCAAAGCAGCUACACCUGGAGAAAGACCAAGCAGAAGACGUCAGACAUACAGCAGCAAUGCAGCAAAGUCUGCAGAUACAGAGAUGAGUAGUUAUGAUGAAGGAGAAGACUUUGAAGAAUCUGAAGACGAAGAGCUCACAACAAGCGACGUACGCCAAAAGAAAUUAAUGACUUAUAGACGAACGCUUACGAAGGUAGUGAAGCUGAAGACUCAUUUAUUAAAUGCAACAGUUAAGGUUACUUGUUCUAGAGACGGCAAAGAAGUAGAAUGGUAUAAAGGGCAUUCAGCAGAAGGGGGAAAGGCAAGACCUGUAGGAUCUCUGCCCGUUGAAAAGAUUACCACGGUUAAGGCACAGGCAGACAAUCCUAAAGGCCUUACAAUCAACGUGAACAACCCGGCACCCACCACCUUCUCCUUUACAUUCAAAACAAAAGAAGAAAGAGAAGCCUGGCAAGAUCAACUGGAGUCUCUCCGCAAAUUCAUGGCGAUGAUCUAA